AAGAAGCUUGAGGACCUUUUACUUAGUGUAGUACCUUAAAGUUUUCAUUUCUUAAAACAUUGUAUUACUUUGUUGGAGGAUUGUAGGAAAAAGAAGGUAUGGUUUUAUACUUAAUUAUGAAAGAGUUUGAUGGUAGCUCUGGAUUUUGCCAUUUAAAUUCUUUCCAUCCUGUUGAUUAACCUCUUAAGAAAUCUGUAUCAUACCAUGCAUUUUUAAAUUAUUGUUGUUGUUUUGUUUUUUUUUUUUUUGCUUUUUUUUUGAGACAGAGUCACACUGGGAUGCCCAGGCUGUAGUGAAAUGGCACCAUCUCAGCUCACUGCAGCCUCUGCCUCCUGGGUUCAAGCGAUUCUCCUGCCUCAGCCUCCUGAGCUGCUGGGAUUACAGGCACCCACCUCCACACCCAGCUAAUUUUUGUAUUUUUAGUAGAGUUGAGGCUUAACCAUAUUGGUCAGGCUGGUCUUGAACUCCUGACCUCAAGUGAUCUGCCUGCCUCAUCCUCCUAAAGUGCUGGAAUUACAGGCAUGGUCACUGUGCCUGGCCCAUGCAUUGUUUUAUUUAUAUAGUUCAUUAGGCAGAAUAAUUAACUAGGUCUCAAACUCUUGUGUUUAUUUUAAAAAUAAAAUGUAUGGUAAUUCAAGUAAUCAGAGUUAUUGGUAGUACAAAAAGAAUGGUAACAACAAACAAACAAAUAAUAAAGAAAAAAGGGGGGCGGAGGAGUAAAAAAAAAAAGAAUGGUAACAUAGAGCUAGAUCAAGCAGUUACUAAUUCAUGUAGAUUUAUGAUGUACUAUGGUUUAUACUUUAAAACAUGUCUUCAUAAUAUCGGCAUGAAUGCUAUUAUUUUUAGUUGUAUAAAUUGGCUGAACCUUUGUGUAUCUGUUGUUUUAUUGCUUUGUUUUAAACAUAAACAGUUUUGCUUUAGAAAACAUUUCGCUUGUUGGAAACAUUUAUUAAUAAUGGUUUACUGUCUUUUAUUUUUUUUUCAUGGCACUUCUGUUCCCUGUUUUAAAGCCUUGGAAACACUUUCUUCUGCUCUAUACAUUCUUAACUUAAAUCAUUGACCAGAUUUUAUUAGUUUUUCCCUGGUAAUGAAUUUUAUUUUUUUUUCAUUUCCACAGUUAUUACUAUAGUUCUGUCUUAGUUUUCCUCAGUCUCUUAAAUAUUCCUACAAGGCUAAACUCCUUCCAGCCCUUACCCUUCAAAUGGUGUAGAAAUGUUACCUUAUACUUAGUCUUUGAUGACUUUCUCAUUGUCUUUUGGAUUCAUUAGCCUAACAAUGCCACAGUACUCUCCACAUUUUAAUCCACUUUUCUUUCUGUACAGUUUUCUUUCAGCUAAACUGAUCUGAUCAUUUAAACAAGAUGCUUUUUACUAGUCUUUGGACUACACCAUAGCGUACCGUUUCUCUAUAGCUAGAAAUUCCCUUGCUUUUACUCUUAAGCCCCACCCUUCGUCUGCUCCUAUUGCUGUUUCAACCUUUCACACUGUUGUAAAUAUUAUCUGUGUCAAUUACUUGUCAAGUGAAUAUUCUGCCUUAUUUUAUUUGUCCUUUUCUGUGUUUGAAUCUUUUGUUCCUGACUACAUUGUCAACUGCUAAAGACUAGAUAGACCAUGUUAUAUGCUUCCUUGUACCCUGCAUAUAACCAUUGUAUCACUAUUUAUCCUUGUUGGCAAGUUGCUUUAAAAUUUGAAAGCCAACAUGGAGCCAACUUAAAACCUUCUUAAUAUUCUUCUUUCGUGGCUUCUUUUUGUUGUUUUCUACAUGAAAAGGUUGUUGCUCUAUUUGGAAUGGUCUGUUUUUGUUGAAUUGAGGAAGAUGUGGCUUAAUGUGGUUCCAAAACGAGAGACUAGAAAGUAAAGCAACAUGGUUUGAAUUAAACUUCCAGUGAAGUUGAAAUUCAUAAUUUUAAACUCUAUGUGUGUGUGCGCGUGCACGUGCACACAUAUCUUGUGGCUAUUUAUUGAGCAAGCCAUUUAAUAGGAACUUUUGAAGAAUAAAAAGAAAAGUUACAAUUUUUUUUUUUCGGUUUACGAUAAGGAAGAGAGUCAUUCUAUGCUUGGUAGUUGUAUACAGUAUAUUCUUGUGAUAUGAUUGAGAGUUUUCCUUUGCUAUAUGAGGGAAAAAUAUAUGAUUUUUUUUAAGAGAUAGGGUCUCACUGUGUUGUCCAGGCUGAACUUGAACUACUCUAGGGCUUAAGUGAUCCUGCUUCUUUAGCCCUCCAAGUAGCUGGGACUACAGAUGCACAUCUCCACACUGGCUUCUGUGAAUAUUUUUAGAAGAAAAUACAGAUAGAGAAAGUCAUGAAAUGAAGCAUUUGAAGCAACUGUUUUACUGUUUGUAGUUCUACAGUUUUUAGUUGGUUUUCUAAAUAAAAAUAAUAUUUCCAUUUGACAACUCAGCUGGUUCUGGGAAAGCUGUUUUUCUCCAUUGGAUACUACACCGCCUUUCUUUGGCAUUUAUUAUUUUCAGAGAAGUCAUACAUUUGUAAUAGGAAAAGAGAAAGCCUAUGUCAUGUGAAUUUUCAGAUAGACAGUAUUUCUUUAGUUGUGUUAGACUUAAAGUGUUUAUAUUGGAACUCUGUAGUCAUUUGGAGCAUCUUAUCUGAGAAGGACUAGAAUCUAGAAACUAAAUCUUUUUAUUUUUUAUUUUUUGGAAAUGAUAUUCACUGGAUUGAGACUUGCAUUUUAAGGCUAGCUUCAGAUUCUAAAGAAGGAACUAUCUGGAGAGUGUGGUAAUAGCCAGUAGGUGGUAGCAUAGGUGGUAGGUAUUGGAAUCUUGAGUUUGAGGUUGGCAUGGUUAAAUAAUCUAGGUAAUAUUUGGAAAAGCAGUUAGAAAUAUUGAUUCGAUAUUUGGAAAACAGUUAUGCGUAUCUUUUAGCUAGUUGGAUUUUCAGUAAAUAAUCUAGAAUGGAUAAAGCAAAUAACCUUGUUUAUAUUUACUUUUAAAAUAUAUAUAUAGGUGAAAAAUAUGAAGUAGCCUCUUUGGGAAAUAGAACAGGGAUUCUCUUAGAGAUAAGUAUAAAUGUUUGAACUACACUUCAGGAUCCUGCAGAAGUUAGAGAAAAUAAUUUGAAAGGAAAGGCAACUAAUACAUUCUGAGCAUCUGUUAUGUGCCAGUUACUUUUACAUGUUUCUUUUUUUUUUUUGACAGCGUCUUGGUCUUUCACCCAGGCUGGAGAGCAGUGGCCUGAUCUUGGCUCACUGCAGCCUCCGCCUCUUGGAUUUAAACAAUUCUCAUCCCCCAGCCUCCCGAGCAGCUGGAACUACAGGCGUGCACCACCACUUCCAGCCACAUGCUCCCAUUUAAUCUUCAAAACAAUCCUAAUUUAAAAAGAAAGAAAUGGAAAGGAUCAGAGACAUUAAGUUAUGGGCAAAAUCACACAGCUGGCAUUUGAUCCAUCCAAAAAUUUGAUGUUUUUAGAAUAUACACAUUUUGAUAACAAUAGGAGCAGGAGCAUGGAAAGUAGAGAGCAAGAAUUAAGUAGCCCUUGGAAUUCAGUUGGAAAAAGGGAAAGAAUCCUCAGUUGGAAAUUUCUCCAACUCUGAAGUUGGAAAGAGGGAAAGCGUAUUUGAAAUGACCAAUCCUAACUGUGUUAGGAAUCUGUUAGUGACUGACUGCCUCAGUUACCUACUUACUGCCUCAGUUACCUACUUCUUUCCUUUCUCCCUUUUUCUGUUUUAUGGACAUAAAGUAGGCACUCUAAAAUAUUUAUUUAAAGAGUGACUAAGAAGUCAGGAGGCUUAAUAAACUUGGAAAAUUAUAAUAAUUAAUAGCUGUUUUUAGUAUUUGCAUGUGCCGACCAUAUAUACACAGUUCUCUGUGUACCACUUAUUCAUGAGACUUUUCUUUAACCUUUUUUUAAGCUUCAAAUUUUAAAAUUAAUUUUAGCCUUAUGAAACAGUUGCAAAAAUUGUAAAAGGGAUUCCCAUAUAUCCUUUAGCCAGAUUUCCCAAAUGUUAGCAUGUUAUAUAACCAUGGUAUAAUUAUAAAUUCAGGAAAUUCAGUGAUAUAAUAGUAUAGUCUGCAAACCUUUGCGAAUUUGCCAUUUAUUUCAGUAGUGUCUUUUAUCUCGUCCAAGAUCCUGUCCAGGAUUACAGUCUGACUGAUGUAUCAUUUUAAGUGCACCAUAUCAGAAAGCACAUGGUGAUGUAUACUUUCAUCACUUGGUUAAGGUGCUGUCUGCCUCUUUUCUCUCAGAUUUCUUUCUUCUUUUUUUUUUCCUUUUUGUAGUUAAUGGAUUUCUUGUAGGGGGAGGUACUUUGAGAUUUUGUAAAUAUCCUCUUUUUAAAAAUUAUGUGUUUUUGAUCAUAAACUAAGUUUACCAUCCACUGAUGAAUAUUGCCUGAAAAAAAUAUUACUGUGAUGUUAACCAGAUGAUUUUCUGUUUCCAUUAUUCCGCCUUUAUGAGUUGGAAUUCUAGUGUAAGAAAGAACUUCUCUUUCUCCCCAUUUAUGUUGUUGUUUUAAUGUAUCAGUGUGAACUGGAAUUCUUAUUCUGUGGAUUAUAAUUCAUUAUAGUCCUUGUUUACUUUGCAGUUCACAUUAUCCAAGGCCAUUUAGAGCCAUUUGAAAUUGGCUCUUGCGUCCUUUUUGACAUCUUUCUUCCCUGUUUUUUUUUUUUUCAGGCACUUUGUUUUACUUUUUGGCAUGAAAAGAUAUUCCAGUCUUAACAUGUACUAUCCCUGUCCCAGCCCUGCCUUUCUCCAAAGAGCUCUAGUUACUUUUAGUCAGAGAAUUAAGAAUCCAAAGUGUGAGCACUAGGUGUACUCUUAGUACUAGAGUGUCAUUGCUUUGAAACUGUAUGUUUACUAAAGUACAUGUGUAUCUAUGUUAUUUUAUAUAUCACUGAAAAACCAUCUGAUGAGAUUUUUUUUAUUACAGUUGUGUUGAUAGUAUCAAGAGCUAAUGUAGUAGUAGUGAGAGAGUGGCAGAGAGAUGGGAAGGAUAAGAAAUUACUUUUAGUAGUUAACUCCUAAAAAUGGACUGCUUCAGUGAUGAGUCUCUUCUUGUGUAUGGCUGAGAUAGAGAUCGCUGUUGUAAAGUACAGAUAGCAUGACAAUUUAUUAAGGAUGACGGGAGAGUAGGAUGUUAUAUCAAAAUAUAAAAUUAGUUUAUGAAUUUAUGUUAAGACUAAAGUAAAUUUAGUAUUUUUUAUUGGCAUAUUAGAAGAAUGUUCUAAGAAGUUAGAACUUGAGGCUGAGUGCAGUGGCUCACGCCUAUAAUCCUGGAACCUUGGGAAGCUUCAGGUGGGCAGAUGACUUGAGGCCAGGAACUUGAGACCAGCGUGGCCAACAUGGCAAAACCCCAUCUCUACUGAAAAUAUAAAAAAUUUAACUGACUGUGGUGGCCCAUGCCUAUAAUUCCAGCUACUUGGGAGGCACAGCAAUUGUUUCAAGCCAGGAGGUAGAGGUCACAGUGAGCCAAGAUCGUUACUGGGUGACACAACAAGACUGUCUGCAAAAGAAAGUUAGAACUUGAUCUGUGUUUUUGAAGAACAUCUAAGUCUGGAUAAGCGGAGAUGAGAAGGCACAUCCUGGGUGGAACAGGGCAUUUAUUUUUGGAAGUUACCAGUGAUAUGGUUGGAGCCAGAUUAUGGAUACCUUUCAAUGCCCAGCUAGCUCAGGAGUCAUGUAACUAAAUCUUUUUCACUGUAUCAGAAAUAUUUUGCUGAAUAUUUUAUAGUUUCUUCCGAUUCAUGAAUAUGCAUUAUUUGGUUAUAUCCCUUUAACAUUUUAGUUUUUAUUGCUAUUUUAUUUAUUUAUUUAUUUGAGAUGGAGUCUUGUUCUUAUUGCUUAGGUCAGAGUGCAGUGGCAUGAUCUCAGCUCACUGCAGCCUCUACCUCCCAGAUGCAAGCAAUUAUUCUGCCUCAGUCUCCUGAGUAGCUAGGAUUACAGGUAUGCGCCACCAUGCCUGGCUAAUGUUGUAUUUUCAGUAGAGACAGGGUUUCACCAUGUUGGCCAUGCUGGUCUCAAACUCCUGACCUCAGGUGAUCCACCCCGCUUGGCCUCCCAAAGUGCUGAGAUUACAGGUGUGAGCCACCGCUUCAGGCCUUUGUUGCUAUUUUAGUACAUUGAUAGUUUUUUUUUUCCUCCUCCAAGCCAAACUGUAUCCAGCUUUAUUAAAGAUACUUUUGAUAAACAAUCAUGAUAUUUCAGGCAGGACAUGGGCAGACUGUCGUUAACAGUAUAGAACAACUUUCAGACUCCCUUAUUCAGUGGACAGAAAUCAGAAAGCCGCUGUAAAACCGAAUGAAGUCUUCAUCUGAUGCUUUGAACAGGGGAAGUUUAGAGUGAGGGUUGACAUUUGACAUUCAGCAUAUUGUUUAACAACUGUUCAAGAGCUGCCCCUGACUUUCAGGAAUUGACAUGAAAAUGACAGUAUUUAUCUGAAGAUCCACAAUCUAGAAAUGGAACCACUGCUCUUUUGAGGGCUGCCAUCUCAGUGGUAUCACUGGGACACUUAGUCGGUCUGGAUGAACCAGCUUCGGGAGCUGGGCAAGAAGCUCUGCUUAAACAAGAGCAAGCAAAAAUCAUUCGAUUCGAGAGACAAGCAGAAGAAUUCCUCAAUGCAGUCUUUUAUAGAAAAGACAGUCCCUGGGUCUCUGACCCCAAUAUUCCCCUAGUGGCCCGUGAGAUCAUGCAGCGAAUGAUCCAACAAUUUGCUGCUGAAUAUACCUCAAAAAAUAGCUCUACUCAGGACCCCAGCCAGCCCAAUAGCACAAAGAACCAAAGCCUGCCGAAAGCAUCUCCAGUCACCACUUCUCCUACGGCUGCAACUACUCAGAACCCUGUGCUCAGCAAACUUCUCAUGGCUGACCAAGACUCACCUCUGGACCUUACUGUCAGAAAGUCUCAGUCAGAACCUAGCGAACAAGACGGUGUACUUGAUCUGUCCACUAAGAAAAGUCCAUGUGCUGGCAGCACUUCCCUGAGCCACUCUCCAGGCUGCUCCAGUACUCAAGGGAACGGUGAGAAUUCAACAGAGGCAAUAGCAGUAGAUUCUAACAAUCAGUCGAAGUCCCCACUGGAGAAGUUUAUGGUCAAGCUGUGUACUCAUCAUCAAAAGCAAUUCAUUCGUGUUCUGAACGACCUGUAUACUGAAUCUCAGCCAGGCACUGAGGACCUGCAGCCUUCUGAUUCUGGAGCAAUGGAUGUAUCCACUUGCAAUGCUAGCUGUGCCCAGCUAAGCACCAAACAUAAGGAAAAAGAUGCUCUGUGUCUCGAUAUGAAGUCUCCUGCUUCUGUAGAUUUGUUUGUAGACUCUCACAGCCCUCUACACUUGACGGAACAGACCCCGAAGGAGCCUCCUCCUGAGACAAACUCUGUAGAUGGAAGAGAGAAUGCCUUGACUGUUGUCCAGAAAGAUUCCUCUGAACUUCCAACCACUAAACUGAAUUCUAUUAAUAGUAGUUCAGUGGAUAGUUUCACUCCGGGAUACCUCACUGCAUCUAAUUCUUCCUCAGUGAACUUCCACCACAUCCCUAAAAGCUUGGAGGGGCAAACCACUGGACAGGAGCAAGACACAAAUGUGAACAUAUGUGAGGAUGGGAAAGAUCAUAUGCAGAGUUCAGCUUUAGGAGAAAGUCUAAUUACAGUAAAAAUGGCAGCUGAGAAUAGUGAGGAGGGCAAUACCUGUAUUAUUCCUCCAAGAAAUUCGUUCAAAGCUUUAUCAGAAGAGGCUUGGGACUCAGGGUUUUUUGGGAGCUCACCUAGAACUGCAGACAAAGAGAAUACUUUACAGUGUAGCUCAAAAACACCUUUAUGCCAGGAUUUAGAGGCAAAUGAACAAGAUGCCAGGCCAAAGCAAGAGAACCAUCUUCACUCGCUGGGAAGAAAUAAGGUGGGCUGCCAUUUACAUCCCAGUGAUAAGGGCCAGUUUGAUCAUUCCAAAGAUGGUUGGUUAGGCCCCAGCCCUGUACCAGCUGUUCACAAAGCGGCAAAUGGACACUCAAGAACCAAGAUGAUAUCAACCUCCAUUAAGACAGCUCGUAAAAGUAAAAGGGCAUCGGGGCUGAGGAUAAAUGAUUAUGAUAACCAGUGUGAUGUUGUUUAUAUCAGUCAACCAAUAACAGAAUGCCACUUUGAGAAUCAAAAAUCGAUAUUAUCUUCUCGGAAAACAGCCAGAAAGAGUACUCGAGGAUACUUUUUCAAUGGUGACUGUUGUGAGCUGCCAACUGUUCGUACACUAGCCAGAAAUUUACACUCCCAGGAAAAAGCAAGCUGCUCAGCGUUGGCAUCAGAGGCAGUUUUCACUCCUAAGAAGAUCCUUACAACUUCGGCCCCUAGAUAUACAGUGGAUGUGCAGCUUCCCAGAGAAGACAACCCUGAAGAACCUAGCAAGGAAAUAACCUCUCCUAAGGAAGGAGGUGGAGACGUUUCACCUGAAAAAGAACCUCAAGAGCCUGAGGUUUGCCCCACAGAGAUUAAGCCAAAUCUGAGCAGCUCCCCUAGGUCUGAGGAAACAACAGCCUCCAACCUGGUGUGGCCUCUCCCUCCUCACCUUCCUGAAGAGGACCUGCCAGAAGAUGGCUCCACAGUCUCAGCUCCCACAGCAAGUGGGAUGUCUUCUGAACACGACCAACCACCAUGUGCACUGCUGGAUACAGAGGAGAUGAGUGUACCCCAGGACUGUCCCCUGCUUCCCUCUACUGAAAGCUUUUCUGGGGGAGACAGUGAAGAUGUCAUUUCUAGGCCUCAUUCUCCUCCUGAAACAGUCAGUAGAGAAGAAAGUCCUCAGUGCUCAGAAAAUCAAAGUUCCCCAGUGUGCUUGGAGCCUCCCAUGAGUCUGGGCAAAGCUGAGGACGACCAAAGCAUCAAUGCUGAGGUUGAGCCUGGAGAUACCCAGGAGCCAGAUGUCGACCCACCCUUGAAGGAAAACAGCACUUUUAUUGAUGAAAAGCCCAGUGAAACUGAGGAAGGUGAGGCAGCAGGUGGUACAGGAAAAUUAGAGGGAGAGGAUGGUGAUAUAAAAUGCCUGUCAGAAAAAGACACGUGUGAGCCAAGCACUGACUCACUCGAAGAGAAUUUGGACAAGAAGAAAAAAGGUAAAAAAUUCCUUGAGGCCUCUGAUAGGUGCCUAAGAAGUCAACUUUUGGAUUCUUCCUCUACUGACAGAUGCUUAAGAAAUCAUAGUUCAAAUUCUUCCUCAGCUUAUCUUGAAAUCAAGGUUUCUAAAAAUCCUGGUGCAAAACGUUCAAGAAAAGAAGGGCACCCUAGUGGGGCAACACCCGAGGGCCUUCCACCUGACGGUUUCCACACGGAAGCUCUGGAAGACACAGAAAAGUCAAGUGUCAAUGAACGCCCGCCUGAGAAAGAUGCUGAGCAGGAGGGUGAAAGUGGUGGGGUCAUCACCAGGCAGACUUUGAAAAACAUGCUGGGCAAAGAAGUCAAGGAGUUAGGAGGAGAGGUUUUCCCCAGCAAGUACCCCAUAACCACAGCUGGACAACCACUUCCUGGAGAGAGACUAGAAAUCUAUGUUCAGUCUAAAACAGAGGAGAAGAAUGCUCAUAUUCCCUCAGAGCAUAUUCCUUGUAAGAGGGACCCAGAACAGGCAAAAGAAGAGCCAGGGCAUCUUCCCACACAGCAUGCGGAGGAGGCUGUGAAUGAGGCAGACAGAGAAAACACACAGCAGAAAGAUGAUGACAGUGAUGGCCCAUGCAGCUCUCUUGGAUUGUCGAGUAGUGGAAAUGGUGAUGCUGCUAGGCCACCACAAUUGGUGCCAAGGCCUAAAAGAUUGACCUCUUCAACCUACAACCUAAGACACGCUCAUUCUCUGAGCUCCUUGGAUGCUUCAAAAGUGACUUCAGAAAAGGAGGCUGCACAAGUAAACCCCCCAUUGCCAAAGGAAAAUAGAGCUUCAGAGAGUGGAGACCCCCUAGAUGAAGAUGAUGUUGACACCGUGGUAGAUGAACAGCCAAAGUUUAUGGAGUGGUGUGCUGAGGAGGAGAACCAAGAGCUCAUCGCCAACUUCAAUGCCCAGUACAUGAAAGUUCAGAAGGGCUGGAUCCAGUUGGAGAAGGAAGGACAGCCAACACCAAGAGCAAGGAACAAAUCAGAUAAACUGAAGGAGAUUUGGAAAAGCAAGAAACGGUCACGAAAAUGCAGGGGUGCUUUGGAGGGUCAGAAGUUUUCUCCUGUUCAGAUGCUGUUUAUGACAAACUUUAAAUUAUCUAAUGUUUGUAAAUGGUUCUUAGAGACAACUGAAACCCGGUCUCUAGUCAUUGUGAAGAAGCUCAAUACUCGUCUUCCAGGAGACGUUCCCCCUGUCAAGCAUCCACUUCAGAAAUACGCUCCUUCCAGCCUGUAUCCCAGUUCACUGCAGGCUGAACGAUUGAAAAAACACUUGAAGAAAUUUCCUGGAGCUACUCCUGCUAGGAAUAAUUGGAAAACACAGAAGCUCUGGGCUAAAUUUCGGGAGAAUCCUGACCAGGUGGAGCCAGAGGAUGGCAGUGAUGUCAGCCCCAACCGUAAUUCUGAAGACAGCAUAGAGGAAGUCAACGAAGAUAGAAACAGCCAUCCUCCAGUCAACCUGCCCACUCCAGCCAGUACUCGGAUUCUUAGAAAAUAUUCCAAUAUUCGAGGAAAGCUCAGAGCCCAGCAACGUUUAAUCAAGAAUGAGAAAAUGGAAUGCCCAGACGGUCUGGCUGUGGAGAGUAAAACAAGUCGUAAGAGCGUAUGCAUCAACCCUCUGAUGUCCCCCAAGCUUGCCCUGCAAGUAGAUGCAGAUGGGUUUCCUGUUAAGCCCAAGAGUACUGAAGGAAUGAAGGGAAGGAAAGGGAAGCAGGUGUCUGAAAUCUUGCCUAAAGCAGAAGUUCGGAGUAAACGCAAGAGAACAGAAGGCAGCAGCCCUCCUGAUAGUAAGAACAAGGGUCCUGCGGUGAAAGCCAGCAAAGAAAAGCACGCUGAUGGAUCCACCAAAACCCCUGCCGCCAAGAGGCCAGCUGCAAGGGACAGAAGCAGCCAACUCCCCAAAAAAAUGUCUUUGAAAGAGAAUAAAGGGAAGAUCCCUAAAAAGUCCCCUGGGAAGAGCUGCCCUCCCUCCAGGAAAGAAAAGGAGAAUACAAACAAAAGACCUAUUGCCUCGGAAACACUGGCGAAACCUGCAAAACAGAAGGGGGCAGGUGAAUCCUCUUCAAGGCCCCAGAAAGCCACGAUUAGGAAGCAGAGUAGUAGAAAGACUCGGGCCAGACCCCUGACAAAAACCCCAGAGAGCAGUGCAGCUCAGAGAAAGCGAAAGCUGAAGGCAAAGCUGGACUCUUCGCACAGCAAACGGAGGCGGCUGGAUGCAAAGUGAUUGGAAAAUGGUAAUCAAGAAUAAAACUGUUCUAUAGAAGUAACCUUUUAUUUUGCAUUAACUAAAUCUGCUUUUAUAAGCUUAUCAAGCCUUUCAAAUUUACAGUUAAUGGAGAACAGCAUAAUUUGAGAUGUCAGAAAAUACGUCUCAGAUGGAGAAGGGAACUUGCAGAGUCCUUCUCUGAGGCUAAGGGAAGUUAUAUAUUAUAUUCUGGUUGUUCCUUGAGUUUUAAACUUGGAACCAAGCAGUUUUUGUUUUUAAAAGUACAGUGCCUUAUUUAUCCUUUGUUUUUAAAUUUACAAAAGCUAAAAAGCUGAUCUAUGUGAUUAAAGGCUUGUAUUUUAUACUUGAUGCACAAGCACUUGUACUGUAGCCGAGAAGACCACCAUCAUGCACAUCAAAGGAGCUUUUCAGCAGCCACCCUGCAGCGUCUGCCCACCAACAGAUGCCCCUCUUUGCAGACCCCAGCAGUGAACUUCCCUCUCUGUCUUGUUUGUUUAGAUGAUAUUUGAAAGCUAAACCAAAUCAUUUUUAUGGUAUGCAGAGGAUUUAUAAUUAUUAUAAAAGAUUACUAUUUCUGUUACCCCCUUUUUAAAAAGAUCACAUUCAUUGUUGUUUCCUCCUCUCAACCUUUGAUGUUUUGUCAUUUGAGAGCAUGUAUAUGUCACAAGUGUUAAUUUUUGUUUAUAACUUCUAAAAAAGCAUCUGUAUCCCCAAACUGUAUUACUGAUUCUCACCAUCUUCUUCAUUUCUGGCCUUGCUAGCACUCCUGCUACCAAGCGUCCAGCUGCAAGGGUCUUAUUAGAAGACUGGAUUCUUAGAAAAUAGAUCUUAGUUGGAGAAGGGAACUUGCAGAGUCCUUCUGAGGCUAAGGAAAGUUGUAUAUUAUAUAUACUUUGGGAGUACAUAUAAUAUAUAACUUUGGGAGGAAAAAGUCCAGGAUGUUUUGUUUUUUUUUUCAUCUUGCAGCUUGAUGAUUAGGAUGAAAGUGACUUUUCUUAUUUUCUUUCUUACCCAGAGUACUUCCAUGUUCAAAGAAAGCCGAAAUAUUUGCAGUAAUAGGAAGGUUUAAGAGUGUGUAUGUCCAUGUAUGCGUGGGUGCGUUUGCCUGUGGUUAUCAGCCACAAAUGUCUCCCAAUCCCGAUUUUACAGUAAAAUUUUUUCUUCCCCAUGCAGUGUGCUUGGGUGUCCCUGAGUUGAGUGAUUAGCAAAGAAUAGGUGGUUUAAAAGUAGCCCAGUGUCUCUGUGAGCAUCCCCAAUACCACUAUAGUACCAGACUCAGAAAGAUCUAAAACAGUCGGAGUUAUGUAAAGGUUAGAGUAGCCUUGCAGUGAGAGGAAGCAGCUCCAACAUCUGUGGGGAGCCCCCACACCCCCUAUACCCAGAGCUGAUGUGCAGCUGUAUGCUCCAAUGUGAACGUACUUGUUGGAGUAGAUGUCCAUUCUGAUUGAUUGAUGCCAUCCUAGUAGUUAAACGCUUGUAGUUUCACUCCUGCCAUGUCAUGUCAGGCUCUGUUCCAUGUCUCAGAAGUGAGAACUACAGUAUUUUCACUGACUUUGCCUUUCCCAGGUAAAGCCUUAGACGGGCGCAUUGGCUUUAGCCUAGUGCUUAUGACUUUUCCAUUGGGCUGCUUUACAAAAAAAGGCUUGGUUGCUGAAGCCUCAGCCAGCUUGUUUAACCUGUUCUGUCACCAAAAUCAGCUUGCAUGGACAGCUGUGGCCCUGUCCGUUUCAUUUAAAAUUUUCCAUUUAGGUUGUUUCAGAUCUCUUUAGAUAAGCCCAGAUGGACUUUUUUCAUGCGAAUCAUGAUAAUACAGGCCUUCUACCCAUUCCGUUAAAGGUGUGCUGUAUAUCAUGGAAACUUCUGAUGAUUGGAUAAGACUGGAGAAAAGCAUUUGAUUUAUGAGAAAUUUAGAAUUGUGUUGAAUUUCAUAGCUAGAGAAGCUUGCUAUCUUAUGAAGCCCUGAUUUGUUUUAUUGUCUUCUCUGUCUGAUGAGUCUUUUUUUUUCUUUUAUUAUCUUUGACUCUGGCCAUUCAAGAGCUACCUAUAUUAAUAAAACUGCUGAGUGUGUAUGUUGGCAACCCUUUCUCAGCAUUAAGUUGCACAGAAGCAUUAAUAUGUUUUCAAUAGGUUCAUUUAAUCUUAAAAAAUGGUUUUAUGGUUUUAAGAAUAUCUUUUCAUAUAGUUGUCACUGGAUAUUGUUUUUGUGGUGACUUAAACAGCUGAUGUUUGCCAGUGGCAGGCAUGCUGAUUCCUGUACAUUAGAGGUGCCCCCUUGGCUGCAUACAAACUACCUUGUAAGGUGCUUGGAUUAGGUUAGGGAGAGUAGUAAGGUAGUAAGUGGGUGGAACUUUUCCAGUUCCAAGUGUGUAACUCAUUCCAUUCCUUUUCUAAGUUCUUUUUCAUUUUUAAAAGCUCACUUAAAGAUAAUAGCCUUCUUUCCCAUUCUAGGCUGUGUGUGAGAAAAGGUGUUAAUGUGUAUCUGUGUAUCUUACAUACGUAACAAUGCAAUGGAUCAUCUUUAAAAUCAACUGAUACUUUAUAAUAAGGACAUUUAAAUAGACCGAGAGUCUACAUAAUUACAACACUUGAAAGUUUAGAAUUUUUAAAAUUUGUUAAAUCUCAUUUUUGCUGAUUCAGUUAAUUUUGUUUUAGAAAAAAGAAAACAGCAAAACUUGAGGGCCAAUCCCGAAAGGCCCUUUGAUAUCUGCAGCAGGUACUGGCAAAGCAGUUUCCCAGACACCUCCAAGCUCAGGUUGGGUAUUGAGUCAAGUCUGUUAGUUUUCCCUCCCUUGCAGAAAUCUUCCUAGAGCCGUCUUCAAGAAUGGCCCACCACCAGAUGCAAAAGCAGUCUAUCCCACAUUCUGAUUCCAAAUCAGAAAGGAAUUCUGCUCCUGGGUGUAUACUUGGUGAAGUGACCAUCCCAGUCUUGGGGCUGAAGUUGAUGACCAGAGGAUUCUGGUAUUCUCUGAGUUUCUGGAGAUGCUGGUAGAUGCCUGGGAAGUAAUCACUGAAGCUCUGCCAUAACUCCCCUAGAGGAGGGCCCUCUUCAGAACACCUGUCUUCUAUCCCAUGAGGCUCCCUGCUGUAGGUGGACACCCAGGAGACCACUCCCUCACUUAGGGUCCCCAGCUAGCCCUUCCUCAGACAGAUAGCAGUCUUGGAGUACAGCAGGAACGUUGCAGACCUGUGUUCUGCUCCUGGGGCUUCCUUCAUAGGAAUGCUAUUAGUGUCUAAGUCAGUAGUCACUAGCCCCUUGGAUUCCUUAGUAAAGACUUCUCUGCAGGCUGUGAGUCUCCUGCUGUAUUGUUCCUAAGAUAGUAUGGAUAGAAGAGGUACCCUUAGUCAUCCCUUACAUAUUUGGUGCUUUCUAAUGGGAUCCUCUGUGCAUCACAUACUAUGCAGGUGAGUUUCUCAUUGUUCAGUUAGGUCAUCAGUAAAAGGCAUCACUUAAAGAUAGUUACUUUGAAUUAAGAUUUGGCCUCUUUUCCUGCUUUGUGAUGGGUUCUGUGGUGAGGGUGGGAGCUGUCAUUCACAUUUAUGGGCAGCAUUCCUGUUGAUUAGUGGACCUAAGUGCCAAGUAGGAAAACAUAGCAUGCUAUGUGAUGCAAGCUGGAGAUGCUGUAGUGUUAACCAUCAGCAGGUUCUGUGUCUUGUCACAACACCUGGGACUGGGCUGGAAUAUCCCAAGGUGCUGGCCAGUAGCCCAGAGAGCCAUCCCCAUUCCUUUUGGUUUUAGGUCAGCCUGUGCAGGCUGCCUUUUGGAUUCCAGAUGAUCUAUCAAGGGUCUGCAAACUGUGGGCUGGUCACUUGUUUGUGUAAAUAGAAUGUGUUUGGAAUAUAGCCACACCCAUUUUCUUAUGUACUGUCUGUGGCUGCUUUCACACUGUAAGAGCAGAGUUGAGUAUCUGCAGCAGAAACCCUUGUGGCCCUCACAGCCUAAGAUACUUACUAUCUGGACCUUCAGAAAACAUCUGAUCCCUGCUUGAGAAAGUCAUCCUUUUUCAGGAACAAAUAUUCUCUGAUUUUCCUUCUUUCUUCUGCCCCUUUCUCUGUUCUUCUGUAUUUACCAUUUUCCUUGUCUCAAUUUUGUUUUUUUCUUUUACACCUCUUUAUUCUUGCUACAAAGGAGACACGCUAUAUUGAUACACACUACCAUCCUCUUAAACUUGAGUAACCUUAGCAUUCCAUCUGUCUUAAAAUCAACUAUCACAGUAGCCAAAACGAGGCCACCUUACCCUAUAGAGCCUGAAGGGAUUCGGGUUCUAAAAUUACAUGUCCUGGGCCUCUCAUUUCACUCAUGCAGAACUGAUACUGGCUUUAUUUAUUGUUUAGUAAAGUAAGCCAAGAUUUUGUUGCUGGUAAAAUUAGUUGAGACUACUUUAGUUGGACUUUUAGUCCUUUGAAUGUCACAUUUAGAUGCGGAAAACGUUUCUCACAGAGUAGAAACCAAGUCUGAUCACAAACCCAAAGCAUUAUUUUUCUUUAUUUUUUAUUUUUUAAAGCAUUGUUUUUCUAAUGUAAUACUUUGGUCAGCUUUUAGGAAAAUAAAGAGUUGGCACUGAUACCUUUUUAGUCACAACUUUCAAAAUAAUUUUAUUAAAAGUAAGCCAACAAAUAAAACAUAAAGGCUUUUGGAGUGCUUUAAUCAUGAUUUAAAAAAUUAGAGUUAUAACCAGAGUAUGACUGAAAAGCCAUCGUAGUCUUCCUCCUGCUCCAGAAACUCAAGGAUAAGUUAUAUGUAAUCUUUUUUUGUUUGUUUUAAGUAGAGACAAGGUUAUGCUUUGUUGCCCAGGCUGAUCUCAAACUACUGGCCUCAAGCUGCGCUUCCACCUCAGCCUCCCAAAGUGCUGGGAUUAUGGGCAUGAGCCACCACACCAACACAAGCAUAAGUUUCUGUGCCAUUAUUUUUAAAUGUGGUUGAAUGUCCUGUCAGUGAAAAAUGUUUGUCAGUGGCCCCAAAGCAGUGAUUGUUUUAGUUGUCUUGAAACCAAAAAUUAUUAUUUUUAAUUCUUAGUGUUACUCUGAUGUCUUAUGACUUGAUAUCCAGUGAAAAUACAGGAUUAUUUUAAAGUAUGAAAUCACAUCUGUAUAAGGCAGUCUUCAUAUCUAGCAGUAAGUGCUCUUCCCCAUACUUGCUCUCAAAUCCUUUUCAGGGGAAAAACGAAAAGAUUAUUGUAUUUGAAACAAGCAGAAUUGUGGGAAGCUGUCUUUUUUUUUUUUUUUUUUUUAAAGACACCUAGGCUGGAGUGCAGUGGGCAUAUGAUCAUAUAGUUUACAAGUGCAGCUUUUUACGGUUGUCUUCAUUUUGAUGACACCCACUGCAGCCUUCAUCUCCCAGACUCAGAGAUUUUCACACCUCGGCCUCCUGAGUAUCUGGGACUACAGGCACAUGCCACUACACCCACAUUUUUUUUUUUUUUCAGUUUUAGCAGAGAUAAGGUCUCUCUGUGUUGCCCAGACUGGGAAGUCUUUUUGAGGCAGUCUUCAGUAUAAUUCAUCCCUUGGAACAUCAGAACUGAGUCCUGUAUUCUACAAUGGAUGGAUUAGAAGACUUGAGGGUCCAGCCUCUUUCCUUUAUAGAUAAUCAGACCUGGGCAGAAACCCAGAGCUCUCAGGGCUUUGCUGUUUUGUGUUGUGCUGUGCCGUGCCAUGCCAUCCUGGGGCCCGGGAAAUCACCCUGAGCACUUGUGGAGUGUGUCCCUGCUCAGGCUUUUGCCUUGUUAUUGAACUGAAGCUGGUCAGUUCCUUCCACUUCCCUCCUCUCUGUCUGAUCUUCCUUUUCCCAAAGCUUCAGUGCUUGAUGCUCAGUGCUCAGGAGAUGUCCUUUGCUCCAUCCUUCAGAAGGGCAGUUAUGUGGUUAUGCUACCAGGUGAGCACAGACUUCAGAAACUUUCUCCCCUAGCUGGGACCAUCCCACAUGGCGUGCUCAGUAUGCAUGCCUCAUGAAAGCAGAGACUGUCCAUUAAAAAAAAAAUCAGGUACUCAUGGUAUUAUAACAUGCCAGGGGUUGGACAAAUGGAUUUUUUUUUACCCAUUUUUAAGGGGUUAUGUAAAAAAAUAAAUAAUGGAGACCAUAUGUGACCCACAUAGCCUAAAAUAUUUUCUUCCUGACCCUUUUAUAGAAAAGCUCUACUGGUCCUUGGAAUAGUCAUUCAAGAUCAAAUUGUUUAGACACACACAACUUUUUUUUUCUUCAUGUAGUCUGACAUUGCCACAGUUCUUUUAGAUUUUAGAGUAUCUUGCCUGUUCAUAUCAGUACACAGUUGCUGAUACACUUUAUUCCUGAACAAUGCUUUUGCAGAAAAGAAACAUUAUCCCCCUUUCCAAUUGUCUACUUGUUAAUGAAUUGUGGGCAUGUGAUCAUAUCUAUUAGGGUAUGUAGUUAAAACUAAAAGUGCAGUCUUUAAAAGUACAGUCUUCCUUUUGAUGAAUCAAUGAACAUGACUCUGGCAGAGAGACAUUCCAUUAACAGCAGUUCAGCACAAGCAAGUUACUCAUAAACUUAAAGCCAAGAAUAGUGCCUCUCCCCGAAAGUACACAAUGUAUUGGUUUUGCUCCUAGAACCCUUCAUUUCUCUUUUUCUAUCGUAUCCUUGCAGGUUUCUCACUCUUCAAGCUCUGGUCGUGAUAUGUGAACUUAAAUGCCUGGUGUUUGCCUGUUUGACUUUCAAGUGCAGAUCACACGUUCUCUUAAAAAUACCAGCAUGUCUGUGGCUUCUUGUCAGGACACCAGCAGCUUUAGACAAAACAAGUUCGGGGCUCUCCAGCCGAGUCACCUGCUCAUUCUAAGGAGUCAUCCUUGGCACCUUGCCCUUCCUCCUCCGCCUCUGCUCUUGCUGCCAGCCCCCUUCCAGGAGGCAUCUUCUCUGGGACAGUCCCCACUUCCCCAGUGCUGCCCUGAACAUACAUGCAUCACAUUGUUCUCUCAAAACUAUUUUUCCUCUAGUAUUUAGCUGUUGGGUCCAAAUGCUAUUCAGUUUAUCUACUUUUUUUGACCCCAGAUUUCUAUGAUCUGCACCUCAUAGUUGUCUUGUAGCUAAAGCUGUGGUAUUUGGGAGCUAAUUUGUGGGAAAGAGACUAUACAAGCAAGAUUUGCAUAAUUUUGUAUAUUUAUACCACAGGUAGGGAUUAUUUUUAGAGCCACUAUAGCUUAAGGUUAUUAAUUUCACUAGUGUGGUUUCUGCAUUCUAAAUAGUUCCCAGAGACUGUGUUAGUAACUGGUUUCAAAUACCUAUAUAUAACACACACAUCACUGUGGAAUUUAUUUCACUGUGUAAAUAUCUUCCUGUUCAAAUACUUCUAUAGAAAGUAUUUAUUUUAACAAGAAAAUUAACUGUCAAAAGGGCUUUCCAAAAAGUGUUCUUUCUAGCCACCCAUCCUCCCCAGCUACCAUGCUCAACCAUUGAGACCCCAGACAACAGUGAAGGCAGAAAGGUAUGGCCUUGAAACCUUCACUCUAUUUGGACAGAUGCAAUAUAAAUGCAUCUCCACACUGUCACCCCGUCUCACAACAAAGUGGGACUCCCACCAUGGGUAUGGCUGUGCCAGGCAUGGCAUCAGACAUGCCCCAUGCAGCCUACUUCUUGCAUGUAUGGUUGGUACUUUCAGCUGUUCACUUAACAGCCUGUACAGGAAAAUGAGCCUUAGUUGUAGCCCCAAGGAAAUCCAAACCCAUGCCUGUGAGAUACGGAGAAACCACUGGUCGCCUAAAGAAAGCAUUAAGGUGUAUGUAUUUCCAGUCCUUCUCUCAUGUUGGUGAAAGGCAUCUAUUCACACUCUCAUUAAACAUAGGAGAUAAGCAUGUUACCUUCUGCACCUUGGCAAUGCUUGUGAGCACCUGGCUCUCUUUCUCCUCCUCCCCUCUCUCCCUGUCUCAGCAUGCAUCUGUGCAGAUGUGGGCCAGUCCCUCUGUAGCCAGUGGUUACAGAAUGAGACCGUCUGUUCUAAGAUGUGGUCAGCUUCUCAGGAGUCCUGUCCUACAAUUCAGAGCACCCCUAGAUGGGAUGGAACCAGUGCUUUAUGAUCACGUUCCUCUUCCCUGUGCCCUGUCCUUGGGCACCCCCAUGUGAGUCAUGAUCCUCAUUGUGCAGGGCUGGCUGGACUGAGAAUUGCGACUCCAGGACAGCAGGGAGCUUUGGGACUAGCCAUGCAGGGGGUUUUGCUACCCAUUUGUACCAUUAUUUGCAUAUUUUCUUAAGGCCUCCCUUUGUCUUUUCUAAACAAAUGAGGCAGACACUUGAACAGUAGUGCUGGAGAAUGUUUUUUCUAAGAGACUAAGCAAAUCUGGUUUUAAGAUGAAAUGUGAAUGAGAAACUAGGUGCCAGGGAAUUUAGCACUGAACUAGACGGUCAGAACUUUUUUAACUUUGCAGGAAGAAAUAAAUUUUGCUGUCAUCUAAAUGUUCACAAGAGGUAAUGUUGUAAAUAGUUUUCUAAAAAUAUUUAUUACCUGUGCCGUAUACAAAUUCAUGUUCUGAGUGAUGUUGGUUUGCAUUGUAGUAUUAUAGAAUAUAUUUUGAGCAGUGGACUUCCUUUCAUAACACAGUUCACAUAUGGAGAAAGAACAAAAACCAGCAGGUUGAGAGCUGUUUGGGGCAUUUGAUCUGUAAUGUUACAUCAAAUCUAAGCUUUAACUGCCCCCUCUUCUCAUCUGGUUAUAUUGUGUGUGAUAAACUGGUCAGUGGUCAGUACCCAGAUCUGCAGAGCAGAUUUCCAGGUGUUCUUUCUGAUGUGUUGCCCAUAAGCAAUAAGAUCCUAGGUAAUAACAUUUAUUCCGGGGCCGCACUGGCCCUUGUCUCAGAGGAUAGGGUGGGGGUAGAACAGCUCUUGCUAAGACCUCUUGCCUUUGCCGGAGAGGUUGCUGUACUUGAAUUUUUCCUUCUGUUUGUCUGCACACUCCUUCAUGUCAUAGAACUCUAUCAAUGGAUGAAAAAUCUGCCAACACCAGACACAUCAAGAUUGGGCGUAUAGAUUGAAACAUUUGCAAUUUUUCAUGAACAUGUAGAAUCUAGUUGAGGCAAAGCUCAUUUGGCUGUAGAGAAAUGUAAGACUUGUUACAAUGGAAAUUUAAGUGGCCAAUUAAAUGUCCUUUGGCUAUAUUUGACCUACCAUUAAAAGCUAGCCCAUUUCCUAUAAGCCUCUUCUGUUCCUGGGCUUGAAAUGUCUAAAGCUGCCUUGGUGUCUGGGAUUAAACCAUGUAGGUCACUAUAGAGGGCAGUCACUCCUCCAUCUCUCCCAGCAUAUCCAGUUCAACAGAUUUCUAAAGAUGUUAAGCAGCCUCUCUUUUUGACCGUCCUAAACUUUGUGAAAAAAAUACCCCACACCCAGAUAACCAUGAAUAGAAGUAAUGUAGUUUUUUAGGCUUUUGGAAUAUGUCUUCUCUUUUGUAUUUAUGAUGGUGUUUGGAACUUUUCACUAGUGUUUUUUUAGAUUGAAGUGGGUGCAUUAGGAUAAAACUUUCUGUUGCUGAGCCUGAAGGCAAGCAAGAGGAAAGAAAUUGACCUGUAUUGUAUCAUUGGGGAGGUGACUACUUCUUGUGGUGGUAGGGGGUGGGGGGAAUGGGACAUUGUAGAUUAUGUGGGGGUACAAUAGAAUUCUGGCCUGAGGCUCCCCAAGUCUUAUUACCUUGUAUGAAAAAUCCCCUUAUUAGCCUCACUUAAUCUCAAUAGAAGCCUGCUGUUUACCCUCAGGGAACAAGUAGUUUUCAAAAUUGAGCUCCUCCAAGGUCAUUGGCCGAUGCCUGUGUGCAAGCAUUGGUCAUCUUUGUAAACUCAUGGCAUUAUCUCCCCAUAUGCAUUAUGAUACUAAGAAAUUCAACCCCAACCUGUAUGAAAAGCACAGCCCAGGGCCCUAACUGAGGCUAGCGUGAAUGCCUUUGAGGGGCCAGGGAGCCGUAGGAGGCCCAUGCAAUUUAACUGAAGCUCAGGUGCCACGUUGGAUUUUUAUUCUUACUAGGCCGCAACCCUUCUGAAUGCAUUUAGGGCAGGGCUGCUGAUCCGGCUGUGGAUUCAGGGAGCUCUAAAAUGAAUCUCUACCGUUCCUUUAAAGGUCUUUCUGGUUUCUCCCAGUGUUGUCAUUGCCGAGGUCGAUCUCGUAGUUGUUCAGUUGUGCUCCUUUUUGCUGUCUUGUGAGUCUUAGCCAGUGAUCCAGCUGCCCAAGGACAGAGCCUCCAGAGGGCCUAGCGUCCUCCUGGUACCAAGCGUGUGCUCCUGGCCUGUGUGACGGUGUCUUUCCAGAAGCAGUGAAAUGAGAAAUUCUGCAAGUGGCAACCUGGAAGAUCAGUCUGUAUCUCUUGGGCCUGGAUUUCUACUAUGUUAGUGAGUGUAGGAAUAUACUGUGUCUUUAAUGGAUGAAAAUUCAAUGUAUGCUGUGAAUUUGUUGGUUUGAAACAUUGAAAUUUUUCAUUAGACAAUGUUUACAUACCUCACCUGAAGAACCUUUGAGAGUGUAUAUAUAAAAUUUAAAAAUAUAUUAAGUUGCUUUAAAACAAUAUGUAUAGCUAUAAAAGUUGGAGUUAUUUUAACUUUGAAUAUGUACCAAGUCUCUUAAAUAUUGAAAUCUUGUAGACUUCUUGUGCUUCUGUGUUUUGCUUUCCUAUUAGGCCAUGUAGGAAACUGUGUUCUUGUUAUUGGUAGAGGGGCCCUCACUGAAAUCCAAGCUUGGAAGGAUUUCCUGUGUUGUUUCAGAUUCUCUUGUUUGGUUUUGAGGGAUGGGGUGUGGAGCCAGAGGAUGUGUGGGAAGGGUUUCUCUAACAUUGACAUCUAUUCCAUGAGCUUUUUCAAGGCGCUUAUUUUAUGGCAGCGUAUUAAACUUCUUUGAUAUUCAA